GAGUGGCAGUGUGGACAGCUGGGGAAGGGUACCAGGGUUCGAGAUGGCUAGAGCUGUUGGAGAAGAUGAUUUCAGCAACGCUUGGAACCGCAGCCAGUUUGAUAUGGGUCACCACAUUCCCUGAACCGCGCUGGCAGGACCCAUUUUUUCCCACAGCUCGUGUGAACCUCACGCCCGCUACCCAGAUGCCAUGAGAGCGGCGCGGAGGGAGAGAGCUGCACGGGCAGCUCCGUGUGUAUAGGAGCCAUAACUUCUCCUGGUACAAGGACAAGGGCAUUCCAUGAAAUUGAAAGAUGAUGAGAUUGUGAAUGAAAGUAUGGAGGAGAAGAAUCAGGAGGAAGAUGCUGAAAACCUGCUUCCAGUCAAGACCUUUUCAGUGAAGCUUAAAGAGAAAGUUUCCCAAAGUUCAGUGAAGGUGAAAAACUGCCUGAGUCAGAGCAAACUCCAGACAACGCAGAGAAACUCGUUAGGAAACACGCAAGGGAUAUCCACAAACAGCACGGCUCAGCAGAAAGCCCAGGUGACGGAGAGACCAGACGCCCUUCAGGAAUUCAAGCGAAGCUGUGUGGAGAAGACAGAUCUCCUAAUACGACAGAGGAACCACAAGAGGGAGAGGCCAUUUCCCUGCAGUGAGUGUGGGAAAUGCUUCUCUCAGAAAGGGGACCUGAAGAUCCACCUGAGAAUCCACACAGGGGAGCGGCCGUACGCAUGCACCGAGUGCGGGAAAAGCUUCACCCAGAGGGGAUACCUGAAGAUCCACCUGAGACUCCACACAGGGGAGAAGCCCUUUCCAUGCACCGAAUGUGGAAAAAGGUUCCCAUCGAAGGGGGAUCUCAAAAUGCACCAGAGAAAGCACACUGGGGAGAGGCCCUUUCUGUGCAGUGAAUGUGGGAAGAGCUUCACUCGCAAGGUGGACCUCAAAGUCCACCAGAGGAAACACACGGGAGAGAGGCCCUUCGCUUGCACCGAGUGCGGGAAGAGUUUUACUUCCAAGGGCUAUCUCAAGAUACACCUGGGACAGCACAAGGGGAAGAGGCCGUUCACAUGUCUGGAGUGCGGGAAAAGCUUCAUUUCCAAGGGCUCCCUCAAGGCGCACCAGAGAAUCCACACAGGCGAGACGCCCUUCACAUGCACUGAGUGUGCGAAGAGCUUCACCACCAAGGGCUAUCUCAAGAUACACCAGAGGCUGCACACGGGGGAGACCCCAUAUCCCUGUGCCGAGUGUGGGAAGCGCUUCACCACCAAGGGCUAUCUGAAGAUACACCAGAAAAUCCACACGGACGGGACCCCCUUCAUCUGCAGUGAUUGUGGGAAGAGCUUUGCCACCAUGCGAUAUCUCAAGAUGCACCAGAGAAGCCACACGGGGGAGACCACAUUCACCUGCGCGGAGUGUGGGGAGAGCUUCGCCCAGAAGGGUUAUCUCCGCAUCCACCAGCGGAUGCACACAGGGGAGGGCCUGUUCACCUGCUCUGACUGUGGGAAAAGCUUCACUGCCAAGUACCUGCGGAUCCACCAGCGAAUGCACACGGGGGAGAGGCCCUUCACUUGCACGGAAUGUGGGAAAAGCUUCACCGCGGAGGGGUCUCUGAAAAUCCACCUGAAGAUCCACAGCAGGGUGCUGCUGAGUAUAUGCACCGACUGCGGGAAAAGCUUCUCCUCCAUGCGCUAUCUGAAGGUGCACCAGAAAACCCAUUCCCAAGAGCCAGUGAUACUACCCAGCGAAAGUGGGGACGGUUUCCCGCAGAAGACGCUUGCCACUGUCCCUCAGAAAGCCCACCGAGAGAUGAUCUCAUUUACCUGCAAGGACUGUGGGAAAAGCUUUUGCCAGAAGUCUAAUUUAAUAACGCACCAGAAAGCCCACGCGCAGGAGAGACAGGUUCUAACACACAGGCCCAGCGCCGGCCCUGCUGCCGCACCACUGACAUCAGUGAAGUUGCACCCAGUGAAUUUGGCUCAGGAAGUUUUAAGAGCAGGGAAAGAUCAUCUCGACCCAAAUCCCUAUCCCCUGGUCAUGGAUUUAAAGCCCAGCUUCCAGUUUGCUCUGCAGACCUGUCCACUUUCCCCAGGAGUAAAUCUAGGUGUCUCUUGAGCUCAUGUGGCAUCCCACUCCUGCUGAUGACGUAUUCCAUGUGGUUAUUGUUACCUUUUGCAUGAUGUUGCUCUGCCCAGGUUCCUCCAUUUACUCCCAAUUCCUAACCCUCCCUUAUUGCACCCUUCCAAGGAAGCUGGAUGGUACCCGGUCCUGCAGUGCCCCAGGUGGGGACUCACAAGAGCCUUACAUGCUACCACAUCCUUUGGUUUUCCUCCUCUUCUAUCCAUGCAGCAUAGCAUCUGGCCUGGCUUUUUUGCUGCAGCUUCGCAUUGAGCAGGUGGUUUCAAUGAUUUUAUCACAAUCAAUCCCACUUGCGUGCUGGGCGACUAGGGAUACUGAGCAUAGAUUCCCCUCCAUUGCUUGCUCGCUCACACACUAAUUUCAUUGAACUGCAUUUCCGAUCAGUCAGUGCAGUCACCUACACAAUCCAGAUCCUUUACCACCCAGUGCCCAGAUCCGUAUAAUCUCUUCUGACUCCGUUUAGCAUCACUUACACACCCUGAGCUCUGGGGCUGCAUUCAUCCUACGCAUAACUUCAUUGGAGGUACACUGGGGUGAAUUGGGACUUUUCAGAAGCCUCCUUAGGAUGGCAGAGGCCAUAGAAUUGACCCUGAGCCCUUCCACUCAUCAUCCAGUCUGUUGCUCCCUGUUGACUCCUGUUCUGGGAGUCGCGUGUUAGAGAAAGUUCACUGAAAACCCAAGUUAACGUAACAGAUGAGCAAACUGCAAAAGAGGCCAGGAAUCAUCGACGUGCUCAGUGCACGAAAAGAUCCCUCUGGAGGAGAAAGGGCAGAACUAGAGAGCAAGCCCAGGCCAGAAAGAACAAAUGUUGCUUCUGGUGGUGGUGGAAGAGCAGUGUGUGAGAAGAUCCACCUUCGAGGCCAAGGGAGACAUUGCACACGCAGCUGUCAGAUGUAUGGGGAGGGAGGAAAGCCAAAGUCACUGAAAUGGCCGCGUGGAGCCCAUGACAUUCAUGCAGUAGGUCCCCCUACAUUCUACAGCAGAGAACUUAUAAGGGACCAACGGCAGGUGGUAAACAGCAGAAGAGCUGCUGGCAAGGGGUCCAAGCUAACUUGCUGGAGAAGGUGGAAGAGACUACAAGGAUCAUAAUAAUUAUAGAUGGAAAAGAGCUGCGAGAUCAUCUAAGCGCUUAUGUGCCUGAGACCUGCCUCAGCCAGCUUCCUUCACUCCUGCAUCUGUGUUUUAGGAGGCUCUGCUUCCCCCGGAUAUUGGGCCGGACGAUUUCCUGGGAGACACUGGGCGACAGUGGCUGAGGAGAAGGUGUUCUGCCCCUUUCUCAGGUUUAUUCCCACAGCAGCUGAUAUUGUGCCAGGCUCCCCUGGAGUUCUGCAGUUACUAACUCUGGACCUUAUCCAUGUGGGACAGGUCAAGCGGUAGCAUCUUGUAGGGCCCUGUACUGAUACAGCCUCUGGGGAUGGGGCUGCCUUUCUCUCAUCCCCACAGCCAGGCCUCUCCUGUGUCAGCUCCGCAUGGCGUGUCCUGGGGCCAGAAGCAGCUUCCUUCUUUGUGAGGUGGUGCUCAGAGGGUCAGGUGUUCUGGCUGGUGCUCAGUAUCUCUAACUUCUCACACUUCCCGGUGAAUACCUCCCAGAAAUUUUUAACACCAAUGGUCGGCGCCUGUCCUGCAGGUUCCAGGGCUUGGAGAUCUGGUUCUCCCAACUCCUUUACUGCUGCACAGGAAUCAUUCAGGAUGUCCUUGAUGUCUCCCAGUUGUCCUAUACGCACCUCGGGAGCUGCCUUUGCUCCGAGCGCCUGUGGAUGUUUAUGGCUCAAGACAGCUCACGUGCUCAUGUGAUACUGACGGUGCUGCUGAGCAGGUAG